AUGGAGCAAGCUAUGGCUGAGUAUUACCAGAAGAGAACGCAACAACGCCAACAACAACGACAACGAAUACAGCAGCUCAGAGCCUUGCAAGAGCAACAGCAACAACUAAAUCAUGAACAGAGUCAGAGUCAAACCAGUCCGAUUGCAGGCGGGGACGACGACGCGUUUGAACUUCUGCAACGCAGUCUUAAGAGAUUUAAACGAGAAGACAGUACCGGUACCGCUGUGGACGUUAUUGACCUUACUGCCGAUAGCAGCUCACAGGGGAGUGCACCGCCGACCCCGCCCGAGACGCAGGAACUGUACCAGGAGAGUCAGCAACAAUCACAAGAAGUUAAACAGGAGGCUGAAGAUGAGGCUCUGCUCGGCGCUAACGAACUUCAAAGUGACGAAGCGCCGGCCCCCCCAAAGAUUUUCUUUUGUUCUCGAACACACUCUCAGCUGACACAGGCGGUGAACGAGUUGAAAGAUUGCCCAGCUUCAUAUAUGCGAGCAAUUCCUGGAUCUACCGAGCUUCGAUCGUGUGUAUUGGCUGUAAAACGUUUGUUGUGUGUAAAUGAAGAUGUAAACAGUGAGCCAAUGCUCGUAAAUGAAAAGUGUCAGGAGCUGCGAAUGGAGAAGGAACGGCGACGGAUGGCAGGAGACGAGGAGGGUGAAGGGGGAUGCAAGUAUAACCAAACGAGCUUCAGUGAGCUUCGUGCCCAGUCGCCUCAAGUCUGGGACAUUGAAGACAUCACUAAGCUGGCGUCGACCUGCGAAGAGUGUGCGUACUUCUUCUCCAAGAGUAAACUCGAGACCGCACACAUUGUUUUCUGUCCAUACAACUACAUACUGGACCCAGCUAUCCGGAAGGCUGUCGGCAUUACCUUGCACAACUCCAUUGUGGUGCUGGACGAAGCUCACAACGUUGAAGACACGUGCCGUAGCGGCGCCAGUCUCGAGAUCACGGAUAACAUGUUGGGUAGAGCUAUCAAGUCUUUCGACGACGUUAUCUGGCAAGGAGAUGAAGGUUUUCAACCCCCAGCUUAUGAUGCAGUGCGCCGCAUGUUGAGCUCUGUCGAAACCUGGUUCGCAGUUAAUGAGGAACUGCACGAACAGUUAAAGUUAGCCACACCAGGAAAGAAAGUCUUGCUGAGUAAUAGCGCCUUGAACACUGCCACAAGGUUGAUUUCCGUGGCAACCUACAUGUUCAGCGACAACUGCAAGAACGCAGACGACUUCAAGCUGCUGAUUACCAAGAAGAUGAGGGUAAAUGACGAGGGAGAAGAGAUCAUUGAUACCAAGCUGUGUAUCUGGUGUCUAAGUGCAGCGGUGGUGUUUGCAGAGGUAGCGCGAAACUCACACAGCGUGAUCCUGGCAUCGGGAACGCUUAGCCCCAUGAAUUCGUUUGCCGGGGAACUGGGUGUGGAUUUCCCGAUCCGUCUUGAAGCGAACCACGUGGUGAAUAUGCGCAAACAAGUGUUUGUUGGCGCGCUAAUGAACGGACCAGGAGGCGUCGACUUGUUAUCAACUUACAAGAAUCAGCAGAAUUUCCAGUAUCAAGACUCGAUGGGAUACCUGCUAUUGCAGUAUGCUCAGAUGAUUCCCGGUGGAAUCCUCAUGUUCUUCCCAUCGUAUGCGCUGCUGGGCAUAUUGAAGGCACGCUGGGAGCGGACGGGGAUCUGGGCCAAACUAGUAAAGCACAAGAAAAUGUUCAGCGAACCUCGCCAGGGUGGCAAAUUUUUUGAUGAACUUCUGGACAAGUACAAGAACAGUAUUGCUCGACAUGCUGCUAGCCAGGAUGCACCGAGUGGAUGGAUGAAUGACAAUGCGGAGCCACGAGAAACCGGGGCGAUUUUCCUUGCCGUUUAUCGUGGAAAAUCGCGCUAA